GUCAGGGCUGCGCGGGCCGCUCGCCGACCCCCGGCUCCUCGCCCAGCGGCCCGGGGCGCGCGCCCACAGCCCGCGGGGGGCUCCCGGCCGCGAGCCCGGGCCCGCCCCUCGGCGCCGGGCGGGGCCCUCCCGGGCACGCCCACCCAGUGUCUCGGCCGCGCGAGCCGCAACAGGCGGCGGCGGGCGAGCGCGAGGGCCGCGCGCCGCGAGGCCCCGCGCGUGCGUGCAGACUGGCUGGCUGCUCGCGCUCGGGCGGCGGGCUGAGGAGAAGCGCCGAACCCCCGCUGCGGGGGGAGCCUGGGAGCCGGCUCGGCGUCGCCUCGGGCCCCGCCACCCCGCGCCCCCGACCCGCUGGCGCGGCCAUGGCGGAGCGCGCAGGGGCGGGCGGUGGUCCCGGAGGCGCUGGGGGCGGCAGCGGCCAGCGAGGCUCCGGGGUCACCCAGUCUCCUCAGCAGCCGCCGCCGACGCCGCCGCCGCCGCAGCAGCAGCAGCAGGCGCAGCAGCCGACGCCCCCCAAGCUGGCCCAGGCCAUCUCGUCGUCGUCGUCCACCUCGGCGGCGGCUGCCUCCUCGUCGUCCUCGUCCACCUCCACCUCCAUGGCCGUCGCGGUGGCCUCGGGCUCCGCGACUCCCGGCGCCCCGGGGCCAGGCCGCACUCCUGCCCCGGUGCAGAUGAACCUGUACGCCACCUGGGAGGUGGACCGGAGCUCGUCCAGCUGCGUGCCCAGGCUGUUCAACUUGACCCUGAAGAAGCUGGUGAUGCUCAAAGAGAUGGACAAAGAUCUGAGCUCCGUGGUCAUCGCGGUGAAGCUGCAGGGUUCGAAAAGGAUUCUUCGCUCGAACGAGAUCACCCUGCCCACCAGUGGGGUGGCGGAAACUGAGCUCCAGUUGGCCUUCUCUCUCCAGUACCCUCAUUUCCUAAAGCGAGAUGCCAAUAAGCUACAGAUUAUGUUGCAAAGGAGGAAGCGAUACAAGAACCGGACCAUCCUGGGCUACAAGACCUUGGCCGUGGGACUCAUCAACAUGGCGGAGGUGAUGCAGCACCCUCACGAAGGCGCCCUGGCCCUGGGCCUGCACAGCAAUGUGAAGGAUGCCUCCGUGCCCGUGGCGGAAAUCAAGAUCUACUCCCUGUCCAGCCAGCCCAUCGACCACGAGGGCAUCAAAUCCAAGCUGUCAGAUCGUUCUCCUGACAUCGACAAUUACUCGGAGGAGGAGGAGGAAAGCUUCUCAUCCGAGCAGGAAGGCAGUGACGACCCCCUCCAUGGGCAGGACCUGUUCUACGAAGAUGAGGAUCUGAGGAAAGUGAAGAAGACCCGAAGGAAACUGACCUCGACUUCAGCCAUCACACGGCAACCCAACAUCAAGCAGAAGUUCGUGGCCCUCCUGAAGCGCUUUAAAGUUUCCGAUGAGGUGGGAUUUGGGCUGGAGCAUGUGUCCCGGGAGCAGAUACGAGAGGUGGAGGAGGACUUGGACGAGCUGUACGACAGUCUGGAAAUGUAUAACCCAAGCGACAGCGGCCCAGAGAUGGAGGAAACAGAGAGCAUCCUCAGCACCCCGAAGCCCAAGCUCAAGCCCUUCUUUGAGGGGAUGUCGCAGUCCAGCUCACAGACGGAGAUUGGCAGCCUCAACGGCAAGGGCAGCCUGGGAAAGGACACUGCCAGUCCGAUGGAGUUGGCUGCUCUGGAGAAAGUCAAGUCCACUUGGAUCAAAAGCCAAGAGGACAGCUUGACUGAAACAGACACUCUGGAGAUCACUGACCAGGACAUGUUUGGAGAUGUGAGCACGAGUCUGGCAGUGCCGGAGAAAGUCAAGACUCCCCUCAAAUCCAGCAAGGCGGACCUGCAGGGCUCGGCCUCGCCCAGCAAAGUGGAAGGCAUGCACACACCGCGGCAGAAGAGGAGCACACCCCUGAAGGAGCGGCAGCUCUCCAAGCCCCUGAGUGAGAGGACUAACAGUUCGGACAGCGAGCGCUCGCCGGACCUGGGCCACGGCACGCAGGUCCCAAGGAAGGUAGUCUAUGACCAGCUGAAUCAGAUCCUGGUCUCUGACGCCGCCCUCCCAGAGAAUGUCAUCUUGGUGAACGCCACUGACUGGCAGGGCCAGUACGUGGCCGAGCUGCUGCAGGAUCAGCGGAAGCCCGUCGUGUGUACCUGCUCCACUGUGGAGGUCCAGGCCGUGCUGUCUGCCCUGCUCACCCGCAUCCAGCGCUACUGCAACUGUAACUCUUCCAUGCCGAGGCCAGUGAAGGUGGCAGCUGUGGGCGGCCAGAGCUACCUGAGCUCCAUUCUCCGCUUCUUUGUCAAGUCACUGGCCAGCAAGACCUCCGACUGGCUGGGCUACAUGCGCUUCCUCAUCAUCCCACUUGGUUCCCACCCUGUGGCCAAGUACCUGGGCUCCGUGGAUAGCAGGUACAACAGUGCCUUCCUCGACUCUGGCUGGAGAGACCUGUUCAGUCGCUCAGAGCCACCCGUGUCAGAGCAACUGGACGUGGUGGGGCGCGUGAUGCAGUACGUGAAUGGGGCUGCGGCAACGCACCACCUGCCCGUGGCCGAGGCCAUGCUGACCUGCAGGCAUAAGUUCCCUGACGAGGACUCCCAUCAGAAGUUCAUCCCCUUCAUCGGCGUGGUGAAGGUGGGGCUGGUCGAAGACUCUCCCUCCACUGCAGGUGACGGGGACGACUCGCCUGUGGUCAGCCUCACCGUUCCCUCCACAUCACCACCGUCCAGCUCAGGCCUGAGCCGAGACGCCACGGCCACACCACCCUCCUCCCCAUCCAUGAGCAGCGCCCUGGCCGUCAUGGGGAGCCCCAGUAGCCCCUAUGGGGACGUGAUUGGCCUCCAGGUGGACUACUGGCUGGGCCACCCCGGGGAGCGGAGGAGGGAAGGCGACAAGAGGGACGCCAGCUCCAAGAACACCCUCAAGAGCGUCUUCCGCUCAGUGCAGGUUUCCCGCCUGCCCCACAGUGGCGAGGCCCAGCUCUCGGGCACAAUGGCCAUGACUGUGGUCACCAAAGAGAAGAACAAAAAAGUUCCCACCAUCUUCCUGAGCAAGAAGCCCCGAGAGAAGGAGGUGGACUCCAAGAGCCAAGUCAUUGAGGGCAUCAGCCGGCUCAUCUGCUCCGCCAAGCAGCAGCAGACCAUGCUGAGAGUGUCCAUUGACGGAGUGGAGUGGAGCGACAUCAAGUUCUUCCAGCUGGCAGCCCAGUGGCCUACCCACGUCAAGCACUUUCCAGUAGGACUCUUUGGCAGUGGCAAGGCCACCUGAGGCCCGUGUCUCAGCCACUCUCCCUCCUGGCACUGCCACUCAGCCUCCCUGCCUGAGGCCCGGGCCCUGCAUCUCAUGUGCCCAGUCCUGAAGGACACUGCCACUGGAGACACUGCCCUCCCUUCCCACUGCCUAGCCCACCUCCACACCCCCUUCUCUGUCCUAUGGUUCUCCUCCCUCUGAGUCUAGGCCCAGGACAGUGGGUUUGGCCCUGUAGUGCUCAUCGUCCCUGGAUCAAGUCCCCUGGGACUUGCUGUGUACCACUUGCCUCUCUCCCUGCUGUGGCACCAGCUCCUGAGCUGGAACCGUGGUCCACAGUGGAGAGUGCACACCCCUCAUCACCACCUCUGGGAUCUUGUGUUCCGUGGUCCCACUGGAUGACCUCCCAUUUUCGGUGGGGCUCUCUGCCUGUC